AUGUCCAAGAAGUUUCUUGAAGCUUUUCCGCCUCUGGAAGUCCUCUCGUUCAGUGUCAGUCGGGAAGAUGCGUCUACGACUACCAUACCUGCAGCUCAAUCUCCAUCUAGUCUUGAAGGUGCGACGACUUCUCAAAGUCGUAUAUCCCGAGCACAGGCGAGAUACGAAGAUCUGAUCGCACAGAGAAAUGCUUUUGUAGUGGUGCGUGAUCGCAGGAUCAGGCAAGCAGAGCGAAAACGCAACUAUUAUGAUAGUGAUUUCGAAGAAACGCCGGAAGUCGAAGAAAACGUGGACAACGAAGAACGUUCGUUCCGACCUCCAUCACCAGCUGUUCCUCCUAUAAUGGACGAAGUCGCAUCAGACGGUUAUGCUUCUUCUUGUGACGAGCAUGAAAUCCACCGCGCCAUCAUACAUUCAACCAAGAGGAUGAAGCCAGCAAAGGUGAAAAAGGGCUUCUUGAUACAGGCCAAGUUGGUAUUGCGAGGGCCGAACGGUGCCACAGUCAAUGCUGUCAAUGGUAAGCCGGGUGUGACGCGCACACUUCGAGUGCCUGCCAAUACCAGCUUCCGGCAACUUGUUGAUGUCCUCAACACUGCAUUCGGAUGGGCAGGAGACAAAGAAUGGGAUCUUUUGAUCAGUACAAAUUUAGGCAAGUGGUCCACUGUCGAGCCGCCGCUAUCGCAGUUCGUCGCCAGGGUCACGAAAACUGUGACANNGCAAAGUUCAAGCUGUGCCGUGCCGGAUGAGCAGGAGACUUAUAUUCGAGCAAGGGAGAUUCGACUCUUUGAUGUAUGGGGUCGUCAUCAACCACGGCAAUGUCAAAACCUUCAGGUCUGGUAUAAUUACCAUGCAGGCAGUCAUUGGGCGCAUCAGAUCUCUUUCCUAGGUGAAGCAAACGAUAGACUCUUCGAAGCUUCAAGGAUGGAAGAAGAUCGGAAAUAUUGGUGUAUCGCUGGUGAGGGACAUGCACAUCCUGAAGACCAUCCUGGUAAGCUUGACAAAUGGAGAGGGAAGACAAACCUGUGGGCGUGGGACAUGACAAAGAUCAACAAGGACUUAGGUGUUCUGGAGGAGAGCUCCUUGCAUAGGUAA